UUCUUUUUCCUUUUUUUGGAGCAAGGCAUUGGAUUCCUAAAGGCUGUCUCCAUGCUGAUGCUGAGCUAUAAGUAUGGAGCCUUGGCUCCCUUCACUCUUAAGUUCACUCUCGUUGAGCAGAGAAGCAAACAGCAGCAAAAAGAAUCCGCUCUUCAGUGCUCGCUAGCCAGUGAAGUCUUGUUCAGUUUCUUUGCAUAGGGAAAGAGAGAGAGAGAGAGAGACAGAGAUCAAUGGCGGGGAAGCUGGGACAGCUGAUGACGAGGGUGCACCUCGCGAGGAGCCGGCCGUCGUCCACGGCGUCGGCGGACGUGCCUCGGGGCCACCUGGCGGUGUACGUCGGGGAGGGGCGGAAGCGGUUCGUGAUCCCAACGGCGUGCCUGAAGCACCCGUCGUUCGUGACGCUGCUGAAGCGGGUGGAGGACGAGUUCGGCUUCGACCACCGCUGCGGCGGCCUCACCAUCCCUUGCGCCUCCGAGGGCGACCUCGCCGACAUCGUCGGCGGCAUGGUCAUGCAACACUGAUGAUCGCGCGCCGGUCGAGCUGAUUAGAUUCUCUACUUCUAGGACAGUUUUCUUUCUGUUGAGGAUUAUUGAUUCUUCUUGGAAUGUAGCAAGUAAUAGCAGCUGGGUUUGCUUGGACCCUGUAAAGAUGACGGAUUUUGCUGUUC